AAUAAUUCAUUAUCUUGUGUGGGUAAAUUAAUCCAGUAGCAUACAAAAAUUAAAUGCAAAAUGUCGUUAAGCUAUACCUGUUAGCGACGAGCUGUGUUUGAGGGGAAAAAAAAAGUUGUGUUGUGUUGUGGUUGUGGAUCCGACAUAAAUAUGAUCAAUAUAUGGUUGGUUUCAAAGCUAAAAAUUACAAGGCAUCAAAAAUCGAUUUUCUUUUACUAUAAGAAAAAAUAUAUAAACACAAUUGUGUGUGUGUGUGUGUGUGUGUGUAUAUGCAUCAUGAUUAUAUGCAUGUUAAUGUUACAGUUACAUAUAUUCUCAUAGAAUAUGUAAAUACUUAGAAGCGUAUAUAUGUUCCUUGAAAAUAGUUCAAAGUAUUUCUAUUAUUGUUUUUUUUGUUUUUGUUAAGGUAUUUCUAUUAUUGUCUCAACCACCUUAUUAAAUUAAAUAAUGUCUCUAUAUCUUUCUAUGGAGUCGUGUUACGUCUUUCUAGUUUGAGAUCUUCUAUACUACUUGUUCUCUUCAAGAAUAUUAAUUCUCGUUUUAUGGAAGAUGCUGGUGAACAUUCACGGUGUAGCGAUAACAUUAACGACGAGGAGCGUUUGUCAUUGGAGUUUAUGAUCGGAAAGUCAACAUCCACGGCGGAGCUAGAGCCGCCACCACCGCCACCGUUCUUGGUAAAGACAUACAAAGUGGUGGAUGAUGCGACAACGGACGAGGUUAUAUCUUGGAACGAAGACGGAACUGGCUUCGUCGUGUGGCAGCCGGCAGAAUUCUCUAGAGAUCUGUUACCAACACUUUUCAAGCAUUGCAACUUCUCUAGCUUCGUUCGGCAGCUCAAUACUUACGGGUUUCGAAAAGUAACGACGAUAAGAUGGGAAUUUAGUAAUGAGAUGUUUCGAAAGGGGCAAAGAGAGCUUCUGAGCAAUAUCCGAAGAAGGAAGAGCCAACAAUGGUCACACAACAAGUCUCAUUAUCAGGUUGUAUCAACAACAACGACGGUGAAGCAAGAAGAUCAUCAACGGAUUGGGAUUGAUCAUCACCAUGAGGAUCAACGGUCUUCCGCCACUUCCUCCUCUUUUGUAUACACUGCAUUACUCGACGAAAACAAGUGCUUGAAGAAUGAAAACGAGUUAUUAAGCUGCGAACUGGGGAAAACCAAGAAGAAAUGCAAGCAGCUUAUGGAGUUGGUGGAGAGAUACAGAGUAGAUGACGAAGAUGAAACCGAUGAAAAUGAUGAUGAUGAAGAAGAUGAUGGGCUUAAGUUGUUCGGAGUAAAACUUGAAUGAAACUAGAUCGCUAGAUUGAUAUUCACUACCAGUUUCUUCAGACUCUUACAAGCUUUGCAUCCACUAUAGUACUCUUUUAAGACAUGCAUGCAAGAUCAGAAAGAAAUCUCGGAUUCUGUGUUGUAUUGAUUAAGUCGAUCUCGUGUUUAAAACAUGGUACAUAUCGUGGACAUUUAUUAAGAGCACAGUUUCUCAUGUAUUUGCGAAUUUUACAACUAUUUUGGCUAAAUGAGAUCUCUUUGGUUAAUCUA